AAUUGACAACACCGAGCUGUUUGAAGAUCUGGACUCGUACCAUUUGAAGGACCGUCUGGUGGAGAACGAGGACUUUGUCUUGGUUCCGGCUGAGGUGUGGCAUAAACUUCUGUCCUGGUAUGGAAUGGUGGAUGACCAGCCGCCCCUGGAGCGCAAGGUAAAGUAAACAUUUGUGAGGUGAAUGUUCCUGGAGACUCUGAGGAAACUGGACACCUAUUUAUUUGGAAUGAUAAUACUUACUAUUAUAAUGGCGCUUGUGCCCAGGUAAACUGUAGUAACCAGAUCAAAAACUAAGUAUAUAUUGGUGCAUUAUUUCAGGGCGAAAUUAAUAGUUACUAUUAGAGCUGUCAUAACUUGUUAAUGUCGGUAAAUAAUUAAUUUAAUUACGUGAAAAAGUUUAGCGUAAUUAAUGCAUCCACAUCAUGGCAAACCGCACCUCUCUGUUAGGACGGCAGACAGAGGCACAAUGUAGCAUUCCCACAGAGUCACACACAGUCUGACGCUCUUUUAUAACUUCAUUCUGACCUGAAUAUGUAGAUAGCAGUGCAGUGCCAACACGGUAUAUGUCUCCAACUCUCAAACACGUCUACAUUCUCAACACUCACAACAAGACUUCCUCAUUCUCGACGAAGCGCACUCAUGAAAGUGCAUUCAGACAUUAGAACUCACUCACAAGAAUACUUGACGUCAGUAACAGCAACUAAUAAAAUGAAUUCAGGUGUAACAGAGGGGCUUAUAAAGAUGACCGCUGACAGUGUAGAAGCAUGACGAUGACAGCUGUGAACUUGUUGGAGAUGUUGGAGAUGAAAGGACCACUUUAGUAAAUUAAUUAAACAAAUUUCACCUCCCCUUACAUGUUCAUUAAAGGGAUACUUUGAAUUUUUUGACAUGAAGUUUUAUGGCAUCCCCAUCAGCAGUGGACUAUAACAACAGUGACUUAGCCCCCCAUUUGGUCCCACGAAUGCUGUUCUGGUCGGAUUUCCGUGACGAGGAACGUAGUUCUGCUUAGUUGCUGGGCCAAUUGAGGAAAAAGUUUGGCUUCUCAAAACAAUAUGAAUUCAAGAGUAAUACAUUUGCAUCAUAAAAAUACCUCCUCAAAAAAAUCUGCCCUCACAAAUCGUUCAGCGUUAUAUUUGUCUCUAGCCGUGUCCCUGCACACCGUCGCCUCUCCAGUCGUGUGUAUGUGAUGAAGACGCUCGCAUCUUCAUCCGAGACGGAGCGCCAUGCCCAUCUUGUUUACGUGUGUUCCACAGCAGAACAAGAUCUGCAAAUUUCAGCAGUUUCACAGCUGGAUCGCGCGAGGUGCAGUCAUUUAUAUAUAUGAUAAAGAGCAGAGGGGAGAAGACACACCCCUGGGAGGCGACAAUGCUGAUGGUCCAGGAGCUGGAUAUGGUGCUCCCCAGCCUCAGUUUCUGCGUCCUAUCAGUCAGGAACGUGUUGAUCCUCUGACAGGUGGAGGGGGGCACAGUGAGUUGGAUGAGCUUCUGAAGGAGGAUGUCCGGUACUAUAGUGUGGAAGGCAGAACUAAAGUCCACAAACAGGAUCCUGGCAGAUGUCGAGGUGUUUCGAAAUUUAGUGCAGCCCCAUGUUGACUGCAUCCUCAACACACAUGUUUGGCCGGUAAGCAAACUGCAGAGGUGAUACCCCGGGGCCUUCCUUGUCUUCAUUCUUUGAAACAGGUGACAGACAUCCUUUCUGUUGAUCUUUAGUGCAGGCUGAGUGUCGCAGGUGGAUGUUCGGGGUGCAAGUAGGCACCGGAUGGUAUUGUUGGAGCUGUGAGUGAGGUGGGGGUUGGGUGUGAAAAUCUACAGUAGAACUCAUUCAGGUCGUCUCCCAACUUUUUGUUCUCUGCUAUGUGGGAUGUGGUGUUAUGCAUCCUUUAUAACAGUGUAGCAGCGGUCCAAUAUGUUACUGUCUCUGGUGGGGCAUGUAACAUGUUUGUCUUUCAAAUGUUCAUGGUUGGGAUUAGCUCUGUUAAAAUCCCCCAUAAUUAGAAGCAGGGAGUCAGGGUGUUUCUCCUCCACGUUAGUCAUCUGGUCCACUAUCUGCAGCAGUGCCUCCUAAGUGCAUGCAUCAGGUGGGAUUUAAACAGCAACCAGAAUAAAAGAGAAUUCCUGCGGAGAGCAGAAGGGCUUAGUUUAUGAAGAAGCUUUACAAGUGAGGGUUGCAUGUCCUCCAAAACACCUUUACAUUGUUACAAAAAUGUUGAUUAAUAAAAAUACAAAACAAACACCACCUCCCUUAUGCUUCCCUGCGAGCGCUGGUACGCGGUCUGUACGGAGCAGCUGGUAUCCCGGGAGAUGGAGAGCGUUGUCCGGGAUGUUGUCAUUGAGCCAAGUUUCUGUGAAACACAAUGCAGCGGGUCGAUGAAAGUCUUUGUUAUUGUUGGAGAGAAGCAGCAAUUCAUUCAUCUUGUUAGCCAGGAAGCAAACGUUGGCAAGAUGAAUUGAUGGGAGAGCAGAGCGAAAACCUCUUUCUCAACCUCACGAGCGCGCCAACUCGCCUUCCCCGGCGGCGGCGCCAUUUCCCUUGGGAAACUCUAUAGAGAGCUGCUGCUGCGCCAACCAAUAUCUCUGUAAACGUCUUCGGCUUGGAAAAAGGUUGCCAGAUAGCUGGUUAAUAUUUAAAAGUUCUUCUCUGCUGUAUGUGACCGGCGGAGAGGCACAGGAAGUAAAAAAAAAAAAAAAAGUAAACGCGCACACACACAACAAGAGAGAGUAUUUGCGCUGUAUCUCCCUCAUCUCUCUGCACUGUAUGUGACCUCCUGGCCUGCCCCCCUCCAUGCAUGCAAGAGGAGGGGUGGAGCAGAAGCCCGGCGACUCAGUCAGCUUCUGCGGUGGAAGAUACUCCGUAUCCCUCCAUCAAUUAGAGGUACUUUGGAGCAUAAAAAAAUAGUUUUCACCACCUUAAAACUUGGCAUAAAGUCCAAUGCAGGGAAUGUGUGAAGCUGCGCGCUAGCUGCCACAACUCCUGCCACAACACAAAGCGUUGUCCUAUCACACUGCUAAAGAUAUGGUCCCUGUUGCAACAGUGGAAAAAACAGCUUUAAAAACCUGCUGAAAACAGUGGACUUGCGAUAUCCAGCGAGCUUUGUAGUCACAAUUACUGUAUUUAGCAUGACAACCUCUACCUCCAAAUGUACAAGGAAGUCAGACUGUUGCUCAGCCUGAUGCAGUUGACAUGUUGGUGUUGCUGGCACAAAAUAAGGACAUGCUUGUGUCUUUUGUUAUUAGCUGAGGAUUUGAGCAUAGCUAAAGGUUUGGUAUGAAAAAGAUUAUAUUUGCCUUUUUGUAUAUUUAUUUCAAAAAGACAACGGCCUACUUUAUUUUAGCGGCUAGUUUUUAGAUGAGGCUUUUUUUAAUGUGCAUCUUGCAUGAAGUUUUAGAACUAAAACAUCCUCAUGUUAAGUAUUUAUUUUAAUAAAACAACUUGACGCGCAAAUUUGGCUUUGAUUUUGUUUAAAUUCACUUUGCGGAAAAAAAUAUCAGGAUAGAUAUCUUAUAUCUUUUCUUAUCUAUCUUACAUUAAACCUAAAUAUAUCGGGAUAUGAGUUUUGGUCCAUACUGCCCAGCCUAAGUGGGUCGUAUGUUUUAGUUUGAUUUAAAUGUUCAGCUCAGACAUAGUUGCAAAUGGUGAUUAAUCAUGAUUGAUUACUGUAAUUCAAACUUUAAACUGUAAACUGUUAUUCUGAUUACACAUUUUAACCAUUUCACCACCCUACUGUUAACUAAUACUAUUAAUUUAGUGGCAUUGAAAUGAGGCAAAAAUUAGGAAUAAUUACCACCGCCUAAUUCCAGAGCAACUGUCUUGACGGGGUUAUGCUUGACAUUCGUUUUUGUUUUUGAUGGUGAGCAUCUAGUUAAAUUGCUCAGACCGAAAUGCUCGAAAGGUUGGUUGUACUUCACCUCAGCCACCUGCAACUAGUGCUUGAAGGUGAUAUUGUGCAAGUAACUUCAUUUUGCUGAAUUAAUACAUGACUCUUGCAUGUAGGAUUAACUAGCAAACACCAUUGUAAUGGUAGUAUAACAUCCACACAAUUGUGUGUCAGUUGUCAUUUUCUGCUUAAAUUGUGCGGAAUGUAUGCACUUGAAGUACUGUAAAGUCUUGUAAAUUAAAUUUUGCACAUUCUUUCUGUUCUGUAUUGCUGCUUGUUUUUCUGUGAUAAUUAUUGUGUUUUGAAUUUCAUUUCAUAUUGGUUAAAUUAUUACGUAGUUAUUUUAAUUACAUUAUUUAAGUAUUUACAUUUGAAUUAUUAGCAUGUCAGAAAAGUCAACUCGAUAAUGCGUGUAUUUUUCUUUCUUUUUUUACGUACCGGUUUGGGCACUGUUUACGUACCGAACCUGUUUCAAAAGUAAUUAUUUUUUAUUUUUAUAUAAAAUGAAUAAAGCAGAACUACAAUUUCUUCAACAUGGUGAGCAAAAAGGAAAGCUCCUUGCUUUAAGGUUAAAGAAGCAGAUGACUAGGAAUCUUAUAUUGAAUAAUAAGCUUUCAGAUGGUAAUAUUUCUGCCGAUCCAAAGAAAAUUAAUAAAAUGUUUCGAAUUUUGUAUGAAAAUUUAUAUAAACCUGAGUGACAGCGGUACACGCAAAAAACUCAACUAGGGCGUGUGAUUAAUUGAUGAAAUGCAAAUACUGGAUGUUCAUUGUAAAUGAAUUGAAGGUGUUUAGGUUCACAAUAUGAUUAAAUCAUGUUGUCUGAAUAAGAUUCUGAGAAAAAUCAGAUUAACCAAUUUCAUACACGUAAAUCCAAUAAGAAUGAGAUUCAUCAAAACAACAACAGUUGUAUACAGCUGUUACUGUGCAUGCUCCACCCCCACCGACCCUGAAGAAGUCAGAAGAGCGGGAACAGCCCUUUGGUUCACGCUGAUGUCUUCAUCUAAUACAUCGGAAUGCUUGACAUUAAUGGUAAGUAAUUAAUAUAUGUAACGGUUUCUACCAAUAAGUAAGAUCACAAUAUUUAACAUGUGCAACAGUAUUAUUUGCGCUAUUGAUGUAAUUCCCCCUUUCGCCAGCAGGGCGCGCAUGUAUAUCACACAGUGAGGACGUUGCUGAGUCUCUGAUUCACACGGAAGUUGAUGAGACCAGUUAAUGUUCAAAACGUUGCUAAAACAACACUUUAUUCGAGUAGUCUCGAACGAUCCCUACUUCUGUGAGAGGGUCUAUUAUUCAUCGCUGUUGUUUCUGUGUUUGUCGAGUGAAAACUCUGAGUGAAACUGUAUUAGCCUCCUUAGCUAUCACAGCUGAUCGCUAACUUUAUUGUGUCAUAUGUGUCACUGGCUUCUGUGAAAAGAAAUAAAACCAAUCGGACACAUAAACAAGCUAUUGGUAUGUCGAAGCACUUGCUAUAAAGCGAAGGGGGGCAUUUAGGGUUGAUAUAUGCACUUGUAAAGGGUAAUGAGCAGCUAUGUUGCCAUUGUCAUUUGUGUUUUGUAACUUAAGAAAAGAUUAUACUGUACAGUUAUUGAGUAGAUAUAUUGACCUAUGAGAACAUGGAGAUUUGAUUUUAAUUAGAAACAACUACUGCUUUAUGCAGGUUGGGUUUUUUUUUUUUUUGAGGAAAAAAUCAGAAGAAUGGCCAACCAGACCUGAGACCAACAACGCUGGAGAGGAGGACGCAGGCUUACACACGUGCAGGGUGUGACAUCAGCGAUUGCGUCACGAUACCCUCUGCGUUGUGAUCACACCCUCACCAGUAAAUGAAUACUGACAAUUAGGCCAUAGCCUGCAUGCAGCAAACUGGUGGGAAUCUGUCAAGAUGGAAGACAUCGCCGUCCUGAUUGUAGGUGUAGAGGUUCGCAGUGAUUUGGGGAGCGUUGGACUCUUAUGCGAGCUGAUCCUUCUCAAUCUGGAUGGACAAAGGUUGUCCUCUUAAGACACAGUUGCUUAAAAAACACACUUCUGAAGUGGUGGACCUGCCGAGCACUCUCAAGGUGGAGGUUUACCCCGUGGAAAUCUUCCUCUGCCUCCACAGCAACAUGGAGAACGUCACCACGGCGCAGUUUAGUCGCACUGACAACAUACUUACACGACAGGCCGGCAGGAGAUGCAAAGCGGCGUCAAGACUGCCAGAACACCGACAGAAGAAAGUCCAUCCAGUUGGCAAUGUGCCGGGCCUUCUCACUGCCUCAGUCGUCAGAGUGCCACCUGUGGAUGAAAAGCUCUGACAACAACUGUGAACGCCUCAGGAACGUCCACAUGAGCGUGCUGGAUGCCUGCCUCAGCUCAGGGAUGACGGUGAUAAUGGAGACAAGGAAUACUGACGGCACCUGGCCAAGCUCCAGACCUCAAAUCAUGAGGAACUCGGUGGAGGAUCAGGACUCGUAUCGAGGGCAGCCUGGCAUCUGCGGCCUCACCAACCUGGGCAACACCUGCUUCAUGAACUCUGCCCUGCAGUGUCUGAGCAACACUCCACCGCUGACAGAGUACUUCCUGCAGAGCUCCUACCUGGAGGAGCUCAACUUCUCCAACCCUCUGGGCAUGAAGGGCGAGAUUGCGGAGGCCUACGCUGACAUCAUCAAGCAGAUGUGGUCGGGCCGCCAUUACUAUGUGGUUCCGCGCGUCUUCAAGACGAAGGUGGGCCAUUUUGCAUCUCAGUUCCUGGGCUACCAGCAACACGACAGUCAGGAGCUGCUCUCCUUCCUGCUCGACGGCCUUCACGAGGACCUCAACCGCGUCAAAAACAAAGAGUACAUCGAACUGAGAGACGCAGACGGCCGACCCGAUCAGGAAGUGGCAGAGGAGGCGUGGCGGAACCACAGAAGGCGCAACGACUCUGUUAUUGUGGACACCUUCCAUGGCCUCUUCAAGUCCACGCUCAUCUGCCCCGAGUGCCACAAGGUCUCCGUCACCUUUGACCCCUUCUGCUACCUGAGCGUCCCGCUCCCUGUCAGCAAGGAGCGGGUCAUGGAGGUCUUCUUUGUCUCGCUUGACCCAUACGCCAAGCCCAUGCAGCAUCGUGUUGUGCUUCCAAAGGUGGGAAAAGUUUCUGACCUCUGCUCAGCUCUGUCUGAGAUGACAGGCGUUCCUGCCACUCAGAUGGUGGUGGCUGAUUUGUUCAACCAUCGCUUUUAUAAAAUCUACACUGCCGAUGAACCACUCAGCUGCAUUCUGGACCGAGACGACAUCUUUGUGUACGAGUGCGGUGCGCAGGACGACGAGCAAGUGCUGCUAGCACUCUACUUAAGGGAACGCUCCCACUACAGAGACUAUGGCUCUGUCAACACCACGCUCUUUGGACACCCGCUGCUGCUCAAUGUGCCGCGCAGCAGCUGCAGCCAGGAGGCGCUCUACCAUCUUUUCCUGCAGAGAUUGGCGCGCUACGUGCGGGUGCCUGACCCCUCGGAGGAGCUAGAGGAGGAUGACUAUGAUGAUGAUGAUGAUGAUGAAGAGGAACUGUAUAAGACUCAGACCAACGGCAUCAGUGACGAUGACGAGCAGGACGGCACGGAGCAGGCAGGCCCCUCCCACAGGGAGGUGUGUUGCUCAGACAGGCCCGCGAACAGCCACCAUGAGGGCACCACCCCUCCCUCAGAGUUCCACCCUGAGCAUCCACGGCCCCCCACGGAGGAGGGCGACGUCCGGAACAACGCAUGGCCGACCACCACCAAGCUCCUCUGCAGCGGUGACGCUGGCCCCAGUGACGGUCACAUCCACGCCCGCGGGGAGGCGAGCACAGCCAACGAAGAAGGGGUGGCAGCAGCGCCGCCAUCGUCACAGCACCCUCCGUGUGACACCACAGAAGAGGAUGGGAAGCAGGAGGAGGCGUGUCCUCCCAGCCCACCAGCCAGUGAGGAAGGGGCCAAGACGAAGGCGUGUGGCAGGAAGAAGAAACGUCUGUUCACCAUCCAGGCAGUCAACUGUAACGGCACAGAGCGCGAGAUGGGUCCCGACAUGUCCUUCAGUUCACAGCCAUACGUGGCCUUGGACUGGGACGCUGACAUGAAGAAGAAAUUCUACAAUGAAAAUGAGGCUGAGAAGUACGUGAAGCACAGCAGCAUGGAUGUUCCUCAGCAGCAGACCACUGUGCAGCUGCAAGAGUGCAUCCAGCUCUUCACCACUGUGGAAACACUGGAGGAGGAAAACCCUUGGUACUGUCCCGUGUGUAAGAAGCACCAGCUGGCCACCAAGAAACUGGACCUGUGGUCUUUGCCAGAGGUCCUCAUCAUUCACCUCAAGAGGUUUUCCUACACAAAGUUCACCAGAGAGAAGCUCGACACCAUCGUCGACUUCCCCCUCAGGAACCUGGACUUCUCAGGCUGUCUCUUGAGGAAGACCGUGUCCAACGGGGAGCCGCCCAGCCGCUAUGACCUCAUUGCUGUGUCCAACCACUAUGGAGGACUGCGAGACGGACAUUAUACCAGCUAUGCACGUAACAAGGACAACGGUCAGUGGUACUACUUUGACGACAGCAAGGUGACAUACGCCAGAGAAGACCAGAUCAUGACCAACGCGGCCUACGUGUUGUUCUACCAUCGGCAAGACAAGAUGAGGAGACCUUCUCUCCCCGCCCCUAGCACAAGCCCCGCCUCCUCCACACAUCCCUCAGCUGAUGUCACGCUGUGCACGGACGCCAGCCCUGCUCUCACCAUGGAAACGGACUAAAGGCACCAACGUGCGGUGAAGAAACUUUCGCCUGGUAAAUUUUAUUUUCUUUCUCUGAAAGAUUUUUAAUGUACGACAACACUGAGGGGGAUGAGCUUCAAAGUUCAGCAAGUCUGAUUGGACAAGUCUGGACUUUUAUCGGCCAACAUCAGCUUUUUCUAUUUCUUCGUUGAAUUUCAUCUGGUUGAAAAUAAUCACAUUAGGAUCAUGUCACCCAAUUCUUUGGACUCGUUUUAGUGGAUUGCAUCAUGUGCUCACACAUCACCAGGAGGCGAUCAUGGGUAACGCAGCAAAGUCGUGUUUGCUUUCCUUGUGUAUAUUUUGCUUGUUCUGGUAUUUAUUGAAUGAGUUUGGCAGUCAACACUUAUUUUCAUAUUUAACGACAAACAGACCAAACGUUUGACAGCUGAUGGCGCUGCUGCUAUACAGUAUUUUUCUACCAGAGCAAACUUCUUUUGGUCUUCCUCUUUGUCAAAUAUCACCAGAUUUUAUAAGAGUUUUCAAAUAAUUAAAAAAAGACAACUGUUAUGAUCCAGAAACUUUGUUGGCAUAUUUUCACAUGUUCAAGUUGGAAUAUAUUUAUUCAUAAAUACACAACACAAGGUCAUUUCAGGGUUAACAGAUCAGAUUGGUGAUGAUGGCAAAAGCACCACGUCAGUGAAUGCAUCGCCACGCAGCAUCAACAGUGAAUGUUCUGGAGAGCAGCAGAACCUUCAAGCGUCGCGUACCCGAAGAGGUAAAAGCUCCAGAAGCUUGUGGUGCUUCUAGAACAUGGUGGACUUGAUGUCCUGGCUGAAGAAGGUUCCAAAGUUCAGGUCUCUGGACAUGAGCUCCUCCUCCACAUUCUCCAGGGCCCACUUGUGCUCCACGAUCUCCAGUGCCUCCCACUCACUCUGAAAAAGCAACCAAUCGGGAGUCAGCAGCACCACUACCGUACCAUGUCCCACCUGAUAUCACGAGAGCUCAGCUCAGCGAGCAUCAAAGGACAUUUGCAUCACCUGUUGAAUUUAUAACUCAAAUAAUUAGAACAAUCACGCUCACAUUGUGGCCAUACGCAGCAGAGAAAGGAGCAGGACAGAGGAAAAACACCAAUUCACCUUCUUUUUCCACUUGUAUGACACUUACUGUGAUUUUAAACAUUGCUUGUACACUUCAAGCUUUUACAAAGGAUUUAUAAGACGACACUGUAUAGACAAAAGACAUUGUAUAACAGUUAAGAAUGUUAAGAUGUUAUUUGUAAAUAGACCUGUCAAGAUAAUACAUUCAUUGAAUGAUAUAAAAAAAACAAAAAACAGUCUAAGUAUGCCGGCCUCGAUAAAUUGACGUGCACGUUUCAUUUCCUCGUCUCUCUGAACCACACAGGCUGGAUGACAAGAGCGUUCACUCUGCAUCUUUCUGUGUGCAUUGGUUCUAUAGUGGAAUAAACAGAGAGAGUGAACCCUCCUCUCAUGCAACCUCUUUGUGGAGGCGGGGCUACGAGUGAGUGGAUACAGAGCGCUAGCAGCCAGUUAGCCUCAUGAGCCAGCAUACGCUAACAUGAAUGAAGGCACAGAAGCAAUGGUUUCUAAGGCGAAUGGCGCAGCCCCAGUGUGGGAGUGUUUCAAGGUCAGCACAUGAACACUGACACUUAAACACAGAUGGAGGUGCCGUGCUGGAGCCUUUGUCCUGACAGUUAACGCUUACUGAGGCGUUUGGUCGGCAAAGUAAAUAUAAACAAAAUAGUGCAAAUGGUGCACACUCACAGUAUUGUUGGCUAUAUGUUAAGUAGUGCUUGACCGAUUAUUGGCCCGGCGGCGGGGCCGAUAUUUGGAAUGUUGACGUGUAUCGGUAUCGGUCUUUAUUUAAGUCAGAUGGGCCGAUAUCAAGAAAUCAAUUCAAAACUGUUAUUUCGGCUCAGAUUCGGCUGCGCCUCUCUUGCUCUCCAUCCAAUGCUGUCUCCAUCACUGCUCCACCCAUGGCGCCAUCUGAUUGGUUAAGCAAGCCACAGCAUGCUUUAGUGGCAGAGCUAAUCUGAAGCGGACGCUGUCCAGACACACACACACACACACACACACACACGGAGAGGAAAGUUUUCUCGUGUGGAGAACUGAGAGCAAACACACACGUUAAGGUAAAUGGAGAAAACGCUCUCGAAAUUGUAAUAACCACGCCAGUGCGCUCCAGUACAUGUCACAGCUGCUACUAACCUUACAGUGAGCAGCAGAAUACCGUAAGGGCGGAGUAAACAUUAAGCUGCUCAUAACGUCAACAGUCCGUGAUAGUAAAUGUGUGUGUGAUUAAGAGAGAGAGUGCGUAAAAGACUCUAUUCACUUGUUUUAUUGGAGGGAAGCAUGGCAAGGUGGAGGCUGGUUAGCGUAGCAUAACAUUAGUUUGCUCAGCAGACUAUGUAUUAUAUACUAUAUAUCAUAUAUUAGCAAUGGAGAGAAUGUCUGAUGUGGAGAAUAGUGUGUGUUUGUGUGAAAGUCACAGCUCACCACUACUACAAUAAUGUAACGUUAAGAGCGGAGUAAACACAAGCGGCAGCUUUGCUAGCUCGUACUCCCGACAUGUCUGUGAAUCACUUGAAACGAUGCUGUUGGUAAUAUCAGCGCAGUUAAGUGUAUUGUUCAACAUUAUUACACUUAUACAGCAUUUACAGUACAGCGUAUUUCACUGCUCCAAAUAUCAUCAGUUGUCGGCCGCCUUAACUAAUAAUCGUUAUCGGUAUUGGUCCUGAAAAACCCAUAUCGGUCGAUUUCCGCCUUCCUUUUAGGGAAUAACACCCAAUGUUCAUUAUUCACGUGCAAUUUUGUUUUGAGACUUGAUACUCCAUUUUAUUUAUAUUUUAUUUAUUGCUGUGUGUGCUUUAUGAUUGUGUUUUUUUAAGUGCAAUUUUUGCUAAAAGAAACAGUCCAUUUUAUUUCCAUUGUUUUUUUUGGUUUACUUUAUUGUUUAUUUUAUUUCAAACUCUUGACAUUCCAGUUACAAUGUUAAAUACUCUUGAGAAAUUAAAGGUUAUUGCUUUUGAUAUGAUGUACUCGCAUUAUUAUGCCAAAUAAUUAUGAAAAAAUGGUCUAAAAAAUGUUGUCAAUAAUGACUGACAACACCUUGUAGGACAAUUAUCAUGAGCAAAAUGUUAUCAUGACAGGCCUAUUUGUAAAUAUUGCCCGUACACUUCUGUCUACGUGUGCCCUGUGAUUGGCUGGCGACCAGUCCAGGGUGUACCCCACCUCUCGCCCAAAUAGUCAGCUGGGAUAGGCUCCAGCGUACACGCGACCUUAUUGAGGAUAAGCAGCAUAGAAGCUGGGUGGAUGGAUGCCCGUACACUGACUGGCGCUUCCUUUUAUGGUGGCCACAGUUUGACUGUGAAACCAAUUAUUUCCUAUGAGACAAAUUGCAAACCAAACCAAAAAUAGCAAAACAGGUCACCUUAAAAGCCUUGUUGGGGUCUGGGGGCAUGGCCAUGGCGGCGCCCGUCAUCUGAUCCUGCAUGAGGCGUGAUUGGUCAGCCGCUGAAAGGAAGCAAAAAAAAAAAAAAGAUGUGUCGACAUGGUCAGGCUGUCAGGGCGCCAGGGACUCACCGUUGUCUUGUCCCAGGAUGAGGCUGUACAUGCUCCUCAGGCCAAAGACGUUAAGGAAGUACCAGGAUGCAGAGCUCACCCUGCACACACCACAGCAGCAUUGGAGCGAGGCCAGGCAACGUGGCGCUUCGUUUAAUAGGCUUUUUAAAUACGGAAGCAUACCAGGAGGCAUCCAGCGUCAGCAGGUCGAUUCCACGUUGUAACAUGGGCUUGAACCUCAGCGUCAGUGGGAACGGAACCUUGGCUGGAGAAAGAUGGCCGUUGGUUUGUACACACACACUUCCUCUUGCAGAGCACAAUGGCAUGAACGUCAUUUUCACAUUGUAAAUAUGUCACUGUGAACGCCACCAACACCAUCAGACGUUUAUCUGAGGAGAUCAACUGCUCGUGUUGACAGUUUUAAGACACAAAAACAGUUUGCAUGUUUGCACAUCAUGUGACCAAUAAGCUCACUUAUGACGAAUCCAGAGAAGACCCAGUUGAUCCAUCCACCAAUCACGAUCAUGGGAAGCACAUUGGUCAGGUUGCCUUUCAUCAUGUCUGUCAGCAUGCUGGUGUCUGCAACACACACCACAUGACCAAAUCUCCUAUGACCACAUCCCUCCCGAGGACACACGUGUCACAUGACACACACCUGUCAUUGGGUUUUUGGGGACGACCUUUCUCUUGACCUUCUUGAAGAAGCCGGUCUCUGCAUUGUUGAAGUAAUGUUUCCUCAUGGUGAACGACUGCAAGCACAUUACUCCUGUAUUGCAUGGUUCAUUCAUUCACAACCUAUUCAUUUUUCCAUUUAUUUUAGGACC